GCAARGCAAACAGGUAGAUAUUUGGACACACACCUGCGGACAUUAUCGCUAGUGCUGCACUGUAUCUCUAGAUACAAAGACUUCUCUCUCUCAUCUAUUUUCUCUCCAAACUCCUCCAUUCUCUCUCUCUCUCUCCUCUAUUCUCACUCUAUCUCUCCAAACUCCUUUCCACUAUGACAGAAGGGACAAUGGAACUGGGUGACAUUGGGACAUCCCUGAUGGCAUCAGACUCUAAGAAAGCACCGGUCAAGCCGCCCAACAAGUUUGAGCGCCUGGUCCAGCCGUGUCUGGCUGAGCUGGUGGGGACCAUGUUCUUUGUGUUCAUCGGCUGUGUGUCGGUCAUAGAGAACGUGGAGGCAGCAGGGAGGCUGCAGCCAGCCCUGGCCCAUGGUCUGGCUGUAGCAGUCAUGGUGGCUUGCAUGGCAGAGAUCAGCGGCUCCCAUUUUAACCCACCGUUUACCAUUGCUAUCUACCUGUGUGGAGGCAUGAAGCUGAAUAUGGUGGGGCCCUACCUCYUCAGUCAGRUCAUAGGGGGUGUGCUAGGUGCUUCUAUGUCAAAGCUGAUGACCACAACAGAGAACUACUCCAAGGCCCAGGGGGCAGCGUUUGCCCUGCUGCAAUCACAAGAUCAGCUGUGGGGGGCUCUGUUUGGGGAGAUAGCCAUGACCUGCCUGGUCACCAUGGUGGUGCUGCUGGGGGCGGUCAACGCCAAGAGUAGCAGCCCCAUGGUGCCCUUCAUGGUGGGCUGUACUGUCAUCAUCAACAUCCUGGCUGGUGGAGAUGUGUCUGGAACCUGUCUGAACCCGGCCAGAGCCCUGGGUCCUGCUAUAGUGGCCAACUACUGGACCUACCACUGGGUUUACUGGGUAGGACCUAUCACUGGUGGACUGGUGGCUGCUGCACUGGUUAGACUACUGCUUGGAGACCGGAAGACACGUAUUCUCAUGAAGUAAUAUCAUAUAUCGAGUUGACAGGUCUGAGAUUACCAUUGUUGUUACAUACAGUACCAGUCAAAAGUUUGGACACACCUACUCAUUCAAGGAUUUGUCUUUAUUUUUACUAUUUUCUA